CACAGCGCGGGCCGCAGGUACGGAGGGAGCCGGCGAGCGCAGCGGAGCGGCCGGGCCGGCGCGGCCAUGGGGAAGGUGCAGCUCUUCGAGAUUCGCCUGGGCGACAGCCGCGUCGUCUACAGUCCCGGAGAGCCGCUGGCCGGCACCGUCACCGUGCGGCUCUCGGGCUCGCUGCAGUACCGAGCCAUCAAGGUGAGCUGCAUUGGAUCCUGUGGGGUGUCCAGCAAGAUCAAUGACACAGCAUGGACUGUGGAGGAGCAGUACUUCAACAGCACGCUGUCCUUGGCAGACAAAGGGGUCCUGACGGCUGGAGAGCACAACUUUCCCUUCCAGUUCCUGCUGCCAGCUUCUGCUCCUACAUCAUUUGAAGGCCCUUUUGGCAAGGUCCUGCAUCAGGUGAAAGCUGUGAUAGACACACCUCGCUUCUCCAAGGACUACAAAUGCAACAAGAUCUUCUAUGUUCUCUGCCCUCUCAACCUGAACGACAUCCCUGACAUCGAGCAGCCCAACACUAUGUCCAUCACCAAGAAGUUCAACUACAAGCUUGUGAAAAGUGGCAACAUCAUCCUGACGGCCACGUCGGAUCUGAAGGGCUACAUCGUGGGCCAGGCCAUCCAGCUCCGCACGGACAUAGAGAACAAGUCUGGCCGGGACACCGGCGCUGUGGUGGCCAGUCUGCUCCAGAAAGUGGCCUAUAAAUCCAAGCGCUGGAUUUACGACCUGAGGACCAUCGCCGAGGUGGAAGGCUCCGGGGUGAAAGCCUGGAAACAUGCAGAAUGGAAGGAGCAGAUCCUGGUUCCAGCACUGCCCCAGUCCAUUCUGCAGGGCUGCAGCCUCAUCCACAUCGACUACUACAUCCAGGUUUCCCUCAAGUCCCCAGAAGUUUCUGUCACUCUCCCCAUCUACAUUGGUAACAUUGCUGUGAACAGAGUCCCGCUGAGCCCCUCCCGCUCCAUCCAGCACAUCCCAUCUGUGGUGGUCCCCAGUGCCCCCCCAGAGGAAGAGGAGGCUGCCAGUGGCUAUCACCCCAUGGACAAUGUCUCCAUCCCCACCAAAAGCCAUUCCCAGCAGCAGCCCUUUAGCUACGCCCCAGGACUGAGCUUCCAGGAGAUACGGGCGGACUCGGAGCAGACGGGCUCCCCAAACCACCCCACGCUCUGCCUGUCCACGGGAGCCACUGUCCCCUACUACGCCGAGGGGAACGUGGUGCCUGUCCCCACAGCCAGCUCGCUCAUCCUGCCCCCGGAGUACAGCACGUGGGGAUACCCCUACGAGGCACCUCCAUCCUACGAGCAGAGCUGCAGCAGUGCCAACUCCAGCAUCAGCAAUGGCAAUUAGCCCUCCCCUGCUCUGAGCCCCGCCGGCGCUGCCCACCCUGGUACCACGGGGCACCCGCCUGUGGCAAAGUCUGGUACAGCACAAGGUGUCUUCUUGUCUCUCUGGCUGCUUUGGGGGGGGAGCUGCCACAUCCCAGCCUGGGCUUUUUAAGUCUCUUUCUAGGGAGGGGGGUAAAAAACCAAAAAGAGCAGCCAGAGCAGCCUGCAUGCGUGUAGGAGAGGUCUGGGAAACCGAACUGCCUCCUGCUGCUGCACCAAGUGCUGGAGAGCUGGGUUUGCCGCCGGGGUGCCCUGGGCAGCAGCCUGUUCCAGUACUGUAGUCAACACUAACUGCUUUACUAUCAAAGCACCUGCGAUGCCUUAUCUGAAACACUCCUGACUUGGCACAGCUCCGCUGUAGGGGAAGGCUGGGCUGUGUGGACUUUCUCUCCUCUUUCAGGGCCCAUGUGCUCUCCACAAGUGGUUUUGACAGCCCUUCCUCCUUGUCCUCAGAGGUCCUAAGGGUAGCAGGAGGUUUCUUGGAGUAAGCAGGUUCAGAAGGUCAGGGACUUUUAAAAAGCCAAAAGCACAAGCCCUCGCUGUACCUGAGCUGUGGGGGAGUGACUGGCAGUGUGAGUGGCCAUGGGCAGGGGGGUGGUUCAUGGGGGCACUUGCUGAUAAGCCCUGAUGAGCUGUGGGGGGAGCCUGGUGUUCCAUGGGGUGCCCUUUUCCACCACGGGUGGCUUUUCUCCACAGAGCCCUGUGAGACACAGCCCAUCCUCGCUCGCUGCUGGGCCCUGGCACACAGGACAACAGCACUGGUCACUCUGCGAGCGGGGGGACCACAUCCCAUGUCCCACCUCCCGCCCCUGCAGGGUGCCCUCUCCUCCCAGGCCAGAGUUACGUGACCAUCAAUCACAAAAGUCUGUCUGAUGCUACCUCUGAGUCUGCCCGGGGGCCUGGCCCGUGGCAUCCCUUCCCUCUGGGCCCACCCUCUGCGGGGCUCAGCCUGGGCUGUCCCCAGGAGUGGCUGUCCCUGCCAAGGCAGUGCACGAGGGUGUGUGGUGGCACUGUGUGUCCCCUGAGCCUCAGCAGAAUGUGACAAUGAACACAAACUGCAUGGGAACUGCUGCGCCUCGCCCGCAGCCUCCGCUGCACCCGGCAGUCAGGGCAACAAGCUGGGGUUUCUUGCAAUUUUUCUUUUGUGCUUUCCCCCACCCCCCCCACCACCUUGUUUAGCUUGUUUAGCACUGACUACCCGAGCUGAGGAAACCACAAGUCACAUCCUUCAGAGCCACAGGUGCCCAGCCAGGCUGGAGUUGUGGCCUCCAGACCUCUGGCACCUCAGAGUUGGUCCCCACAUGGCCUCAGGCUGGGCAAGCAAUAUCUGACAGACCUUUAGGAGCAUUUCCAGCUGCUGCUCCUUGCUCAGCCACCUCUGCACACCCCUCAGGCAGCUGGGACAGGCCCUGCUUUGCACUCUUUCUUUGCAAAUGCUUUUUUAUUUUAUUUUUUUUUUAAGCAUCGAACUGCUUUAAGGGUAACGUAGCAAAGGUGCUGUUCUGAGCAGUGCUGGCACAACCACGCUGAUAGAGUGAUUGUCAUUGUCCCUGAAUAUAUAUAAAUAUAUAUAUAUAGAGAUGAAGUUUUGUUUUUAAUGAUUGAAUUCAGAAAUACAAAUUUUAAUGCUGUAUUUAAUAAAUUAUUCUAAGAGAAAUGCUGUGCUUUUCAUCCAUUUCUGAUGCUGAUCCAUGUGCCUGUUCAUGCCAAAUCCAGGAAUGCACCUUGCUGAUUUCUUACAAAAUGAAGUGAGGUUUUUUUGCUCUCACCAGGAAGGGUGGUGACCUCUGCCAAGGCAGCUCGGGGAAAACAAACACAGUGUGGGCUGACCACAGUGCCAGGCUCAAAAUUCCACAUGGCUGGAGGGAAUUUGGCAUCACAUGGGCUUGGCUCUGGAGAGAGCAGCCUCUGCACUGCUGCUCCCCAGGCUCUGUGUCCUGAAGCCAGGAUUUGUCCGAGUGGCCCAGGAGUCUUGGGCAGUGCUCACUGCUGGUGGGGAGGAAGAGGAGAGCAGACUCUGCCUUUAGGAGGAUGGAGAUGGCACAGCCAAGGUCUGGCUGGAAGGGCUGGAGACCAGCAGGCCGAGCCCUCUCCUAAAGGAAUAAAUUUAUUGAAAGUGGAAGAAGGCUCCUCCCCACACCCCCUCUUUGCUGAUCCCAUGUCUGAGGCAUGCAGGUGUUCCCUAAAUGCUGUCACUGCAGGCUGUGAUCUGUGUCCUGGACACAAAGAUCCUUCUUCAUUCUCUGCUCAGCUUAUGCCUCUGCCCAGCUUCCAUGAUUUCACUCUCCUUUGCCUGCCAUGAGCAGCAUUCUUGAUCCACAAUGGAUCAAAGGCAGGUACAGCUCUUCCCAGUGCUCUUCCUCUUCCUCCCACUUGGCUGAACCUGUCUGGCCUGGCUCAGCCUGCCUGCAGCUCCCGUGGCCUUCCUUGCUGCUGGCUGUGCAUAUCCUUCAACCCAAAUCCCUUCCACACCUCUGGAAAAAUUCCUAUAAAGUGUCAAUGCUUCUGGAGCUUCUGGGCUGGGCUGCAGGCUCCUGACCCAGCCAGGCUCUGGGAGAGGCAGAUGGAGCUGGGACCAGGACUGGUUUCCCAGCUCCUUCUCCGUCCCUGGAGCUGAGCUGCUGCUGCUGUGUCCAGCCCACGUUCCUUGGCUGGAAAAUGGGAUUGCUGUUUGCUUGCUGUGGCCAGAGCCCCGGGCUGUUUUUCCAGACUCCCAGCCACCAUCUGUCCUGUCCUCCUUGUCUCACCUUUGCUUUGGGCACAUCCCAUCCACGGUGGAGGCUGUGGAGGAGGGAGCCCUCACCCAGCCCAUGCUGUGCCCUGUGUCUCUGCAGUGCUCCUGAACUUGCUCUCCCAAAUUACAUUUGCUACAAACUGGUCCUUGGGAGCUCUCCUGUACACGGAGUCCCCGUUGGAAAGCAAGGAGCAAACGGGAACGCUCCUGACCAGUGAGGAGUGUCCAUCACCACCGGCUGCUGUGGAGGGAGCAGGAAGGAGCUGGAGCUACACCUCAGGGUGGUCCUCAACCUUUUGGAUGCCAGGGCUGCUCCACAGCACAGCUGCUGUGCAGGGGCCCCUCUCAGCCCUGCGAGGUGGCUCUGGCCAGGGUGAGCAGGUCAUCACCCCGGGGUUGUCUCUGAGCAAGAGAAUUGACAUAACAAAUGACAAUCAGUGUUUUCCAACCCUCCUGCCCCGCCUUGCCUGUCCCAGGCUGCGCAGGGAAGUGAAGCCUGACACAAAGAGCCUUGCUGAUGUUUUAUCGAGCCCUUUGAAAUGGGCCAGGACUGAAAUGGGCAGGAUGGAGGGGUUAGUCCAGCUCUCCUCGAGCCCCCCUUGCAGAGGUGGCCCCAGGGCACAGUCAGCAGGUCCUGGGGUGUAUGAGGGCUUUGGAUGAGCACAGUGGGGCAAACCCAGUAUUUGGGUUUGGAUUUGAGUUUGUCUGCUCACCCUCUCCAGAGAGGAUCAACCCCUCUGCCCUCUGUCCACAGCCCCUUGAAGUCCUGGGGAGCUCCUUUAGGGCCUUGGUCAUCCCUCCCUCCUUUUGCUGAGCACUGGAAUAAAGAGGGGGGAGAAAGCACCCAUUUUUCCAAACACAGCUCUGGGUAAAAAAACUCAGCACCUGGGGAUUCAUUCAAAUUCCUGGCUCAGAUUUUUGAAGCAAUUGUUGCUGAGUUUGUUUGAAAUGGGGAGGGGGAGCAGUGGGGCAUGAGAGAAGCUUGCGAGUUGUUUCCAAACUCAAGUGUUCAAUGGAAACAACCAAAAAUAUCAUUAGUUCUUUUUUUAAAAUUUCUUUUCUGUUGCUUUUAUGUCCUUCAUGGUUUUGUUCUUUUCCUGCUCUCCACAUGCCCCACCUCUGUAUCUUUGGCUUUUUCAGUGUUUGUGUCCCACUAAACUCUACUUUGGCAUCUGCUGUCCCGCUGCCUGCAGGGGAUGGGGAAAGGGGAGUCGGGGGAUGCAAAGGCUCUUCUUUCUUUUGGACAGUGAUUCUUUUUUAACUUUCCACUGAACUUCCAGGAGUUUUGUAAAAAUAGAUAUUUUCUGCUAGGACGUUUUCCUGUUAAGCCAGCACAAGACAGGAGAUACAGGGUGUUCCAGGCUCCAUUUGGGUUUUAUUCUAUAUUUUAAAAUAUUUCAAACUAUCUGCAACAGGAAUGACCCAUCCCUCCUCCCCAAGAGAUACUGGUGAGGUAAAACCCUCAGAACUUGUGCCCUUUCUUGUACCACUACUCAUGGCUGUAAUUCCUUAUUCCUGUGGUUCUCUUUACGGAUUUUGGGGUUUUAUACAACAAUUUGUGAUGGCUCUGUACAACCUAAGACUUCUGUACAAUUUAUAACUGGGUUUUGAAAUGUAAACUCGCAGUUUUCCAUGUUAACCAUGGCUUCUGGGGGGUAUUUUUGUUCUGGGUUUUAACCCCCCAAAUGUAAAGAACUGGAAAAAUGUAAAUAAAGAUGAUCUUUUUUAAGACCA